CAUCAUCAUCCUCCGCCUCCUCCUCGCUCCCUGGCAGAUUAGAGUUUAAUCUGAGGGGGAGGAAACACGGUCAAGACGCUGUCUGCAUUUUGGGAAGGACUCUCUGCGUUUCUCCCCACCGAGUAACGUAUAACGCGACUUCUUCGUCUAUUUCGUGUUCCUCCCUUCUUCAGACAACACGGCGGCCUGCGCGUGCAAGAUGGAACGCCCGUUACCCGUUGCUGACACGUUAAGACGUUAGCUGGCUAACUAGCUGGAAAAAAGAGUAACUAAAUCGGAUUAGCCGACCACGGAAGCCUCCCUCCGGGUACUAUUUCUCCUUGACAACUAACUAAUACGAGGCCAACUCGCUUCUUUCAUGUGAAUUUAAUUUCUCCGUUUUUUUAUAUUCUCCUCGUGUCAACAUUACUAAUUACUCUGUGCCAUAAUUGUUCGCUCGCAUUAAUGCCGCCGCUAGAUAGUUAGGGUAAUUAGCCGGCCGACCAACGGCAGGAGCGCGAGCUCUGUGCGCGAGAGCUAAUCUUCCCGCGGAUGUGCUAGCUCGUCUCUGGGCCAGCUGCCGAGAGAGAGAGAGAGAGAGACACAGAGAGAGAGCGAGAGAGAGAGAGACAGCGCGCGCCCCCUCAAGAUUUGAGCCCCGACAUUUACGAAGCAAAGAUGUCCGGGAAGGAUAAGGACAAAGACAAACCGGAGAAGCAGUCCACCACGGAGCGGCUGGUGAAAGCCGUGCCGUACCCUCCGCAACACAAGCUGACGGUGAAGGAGCUGUUUGUAAGCGGCAAGCCCAACGCCGAGCUGCUCCGCAACCACCUGGUCAAAGAGGGCCGGGUGGAAGAGGACGUGGCCCUGAAGAUCAUCAACGACGGGGCCAACAUCCUCCGCCAGGAGAAGUGCAUGCUGGAAGUGGACGCACCCAUAACAGUGUGCGGCGACGUCCACGGACAGUUCUUUGACCUCAUGAAGCUGUUUGAAGUGGGCGGGUCACCCAGCAACACGCGGUACCUCUUCCUCGGCGACUACGUCGAUCGAGGAUACUUCAGCAUCGAGUGUGUUCUCUACCUCUGGUCGCUCAAGAUCAACCACCCCAACACACUCUUCCUCCUGCGUGGGAACCACGAGUGCCGACACCUCACCGAGUACUUCACCUUCAAACAGGAAUGUAAAAUAAAAUACUCUGAGCGGGUGUACGACGCCUGCAUGGAGGCCUUCGACUGCCUGCCCCUCGCCGCCCUGCUCAACCAACAGUUCCUCUGCGUGCACGGCGGACUCUCACCCGAAAUCAACUGCCUUGACGACAUCAGGAAAUUGGACCGGUUUAAAGAGCCUCCGGCGUUCGGGCCCAUGUGUGACCUGAUCUGGGCCGACCCCGGCGAGGACUACGGCAGCGAGACCAACGAACACUUCAACCACAACUCCGUCAGAGGCUGCUCCUACUUCUUCAGUUACUCCGCCGUCUGUGACUUCUUGGUAAAUAACAACUUGCUCUCAGUAAUCAGAGCCCACGAAGCACAGGAUGCAGGGUAUCGGAUGUACAGGAAGAGCCAGACCACCGGCUUCCCUUCAUUAAUCACAAUCUUCUCUGCUCCGAACUACCUGGACGUCUACAACAACAAAGCCGCCGUCCUGAAGUACGAGAACAACGUGAUGAACAUCCGGCAGUUCAACUGCUCCCCUCACCCCUACUGGCUGCCCAACUUCAUGGACGUCUUCACGUGGUCUUUGCCUUUUGUCGGAGAGAAAGUGACGGAGAUGCUGGUGAACGUACUGAACAUCUGCUCCGACGAUGAGCUCAUGUCGGAGGGCGAUGACCAGUACGAAGGUGGAACCUCGGCGAUGCGCAAGGAGGUCAUCCGGAACAAGAUCCGCGCCGUGGGGAAGAUGGCCCGAGUCUUCGCCGUGCUCAGGGAGGAAAGCGAGAACGUGCUCACGCUCAAAGGCCUCACCCCGACUGGAACGCUCCCAGUGGGGGUGUUGUCGGGGGGGAAGCAGACCUUGCAGACUGCUACGAUUGAGGCAGCUAAAGCACAAGCCAUUCAAGGUUUCUCUCCCACGAGGAAGAUCCGUAACUUCGAGGAGGCGCGCGGCCUCGACCGCAUCAACGAGCGCAUGCCGCCGCGCAGAGACAGCCAGCAGCUGGACGGCGCCGCGGUCAGCGCCGCCGCCUCCCCCAACAAGAACGGCACCGACGGAUAGGCGGCAGAACCGCAGCCCCUCAAACCCCUCCCCUUUCCCCUCCCCCUCUUUCUCUCCCACCCCACCUACUGACAAUGCCCGUCCACCUGCCGCCGGGUGAAGGAACGCGGCGCCUGGAGAACGUCUGUUGUGUCAUCUGGGGGAGAAAAUCUAUAUAUUACAUCUAUUCAAUAUCUUGUUUUAUUGGAACAUUCAAUGAAGACAUUUUACAGUUCAGAUGAAGUCCUAACUUAUAUUUAAAUUUUAAAAAAUCUCUAUAUAUAUAUAAAAAAAUAUUUUAUCAACUUGAGUUGAGGCAGAUAAAUGUUAUCCAGGAGUUUUAGUCACUAAGUUUUUAGUUCUUUUGAAUUGUUCUGUGUGUUUGCGAACAUCUGAAGUCCAGACGGGUUUGAGGUUCUGGUCGAGACGCUUUCGGCCCUCCAGCUUCUCCGGUGUUUGCUCUCGUGUGCGUCAGGCGAAAGAUUAAAUGACGCACGCGACAAAAGAAUAAGGGAAGUAAAUUAUAUCGGGACAAUUAUUACAAAUUCAUGUUUUAUACUUGAAGACUUUUAUCCUAUUUAUAAAAUGUCAACACCAAACUUUGAAUCCCCAAAGAUGCUGAAUGUUUUCUCUUCGGGUUCAGGAUUUUCUUUGUGUAUUGUAACUUGUGAAUGAAGCGUUCCCAAGUGGGAGGCGGCUUAUUGCUCUGUGUGCAAUGCUGGGUGCUGUUGCUGGCUGUACUGUGCUGGUUAUGACUUGUUCUCUGGGACGGCAACUGGGAAGUUCUCGCUCCGCUAAGCCCCCCCCCCCCCCCCCUCCAAAAACAAACGAGUGGUAAACAGUAAAGCGUCUUAUUCAACACGAGACCUGCCACUCCUCCCACGUCCCGCCUGUCCGGGGUCGAGUACGGCACGAGAAACCAAAACCGACGACGGGCUUUUUUCCCCCUUCGGUUGUCUUCUUUUGAGACAAAAGAGGACUUGUUUGCUCCGAAAGGAGGCGGAGCUACACCGUCCUCAAACAGACUUGAUGCUCAUUGUUGCUUAAGGGAACUUCAGUGUAUUUAACAAGAAUUCUGUGGGGAUGAUUUGUGCUUUUAUUGUCGGACAUUUACAAGAAAGAAAAAAAAGUGUUAAAAAAACAAUAUUUCAGGCUGUAUUAGUAUUUCCAUCUACUGUUGAUUAUACAGAUGUUUUUAUUUUUAUUGUGACAAGCGAGGGAAAUGUUUGACACGGGGACGAUGCUAUAAAAGGUACAGCUGUCCGUCGACGCCUAAAGAGUACUGUAAUCAUCUCAACCACGGCUGACUGGCGUACAGUAUAUAUAAAUAUAUAAUAUUAUAUAUAUAAAAAAAAUGUAAUACCCUGCGGUCGCACCAUUAGCUCCAGACACUCGACCCUUUAAGACGUGUUCACCGAGACACGCCACCCACUCAACCGGUGCUCCGACACGCCUGACUGUAAUCCCGUUUUCUUUUUUUCACUCAAGAAGUUUGGGAAAUAAUCGUUAAUAUUUGCCAUUCUCUUGUGAAUUUUCUUUUUUUUUUAAGCGAGGCGUUAGCGCUUGUGUGCCAUGCCACUUUGGCCACGUCAAGAUCUGUGUGUGUGUGUUUCACACUUUUUAAUGAUUCUAUGUAAUAUUAAUCUUGAUAUCUUUAACAUUUGCAAAAUAGUUGUUUGCCGUUCCGUUCAGUCGGCUUCUGGGAACGCUCCCUCAAGUAUUUGGGUUUUGUUUUCACGGCGAGGCUCCAUCGGGCGCUGACCUCCUGUGAGGUCACACGACAUAUCUUGCCGAAUGAAAACAAAUAGUUCAUUAAGAAUCUUAUAGCUGUAAAAAGGGGUGGAAACAAACAGUAAUACAAUUGUACCGUAUUUGUCAUGCGAGGAAAUGAAAUCUUUUACGUAGAUGUAUCACUUGAAAGAAAAGAAUAAAAUUCAAAUAGUGUUUUAUCUGA